CAACACAUCAAUUUUUUCUUUAACUUAACAUUUUUUGCAAAAGAGCUCAUUUGCCCUUUAGCAUAGUGAUCCCAAUGGGGCUUCAUGAGUCCCUUUUUGGCAGAGUCUUCUCUGUUUCUUUGUUAUUAUUUGCAGUGAGCUUCUGCUAUGCUGAUGAUAAGACAAUUCAGGUUGUUGGAUUUGGGGAAUGCGCUGAUUGCAAAGAGAGUAACAUUAAGACCAUUCAUGCUUUUUUAGGGCUUGGUGUUACCAUCACUUGCAGGAAUGCAAAUGGAGAGAUAAAUACAAGAGGAGAGGGAAAACUAGACAAAGACGGAAAAUUCGUGGUGUUACUUCCUAAAGAGAUGGUGAAAGAUGGGAAAUUGAGAGAAGAUUGUUUUGCACAACUCCAUAAUGCAUCAGCUACACCAUGUCCAACACACAAUGGCAUAGAAGCCUCAAAAAUUGUAUUCACUAAUUCAGAAAACAAUGAAAAACAGACAUUGAAACCACUUGAAAAUCUAAAAUUCUCAACAACCUUAUGCACCUCUGCUUUCCUUUGGCCAUUCUUCAAGCAUCCACCAUUUCCAAAAAUUCCACCUUUUCCCUUAUUCAAAAAUCCACUUAUACCUCCAAUUCCUCCAAUCCUCAAAAAACCACCUCUACCUCCAAUUCCAACCUACACUAAGCCACCUCUACCUUUAAUCCCACCAAUGUUGAAAAAAUCAUUCCCUGAGAUACCAAUCUUUCAAAAACCAUUGUUCCCACCUUCUCUUACUCAGCCAUAGGAGGGCUUUAAAAAGAAUAAUGCACAGACAUAUAGACGGAUUCAAGAUUUGAAGUUAGUUGUUGUGCCUUUUAAUGUAUGUGCGUGUUUUAAAAUCGUUUAAUAAAACUUCUAUUUACAUAUA